ACGUCAUUUCCGGGCUGAGGCCCUGCGCUGUGCGCUCGCUUCCGUCACGUCUCGUCUGCCCCCGGGAGGGUCCGCGCGUCAUGUCUCCGGUGAGCCGAGCCGAGCGCCCGUGGUCCUCCGGGCCGGUCCUCCAGGAGGGGUGAGUGAGCCGAGCCGAGCGCCCGUGGUCCUCCGGGCCGGUCCUCCAGGCGGGGUGAGUGAGCCGAGCCGAGCCGAGCGCCCGUGGUCCUCCGGGCCGGUCCUCCAGGCGGGGGUUUAGGAGCCAUUGCUGUCGACGGAGAGACGGGGACGUGAGCAGCCUUUGAGGGCGGCCAGGGUGCCGGUGAGCCCCCCUCCCCCGCAUUUGUUCGGUGUCCGGGCUGUGCUUCAGUGGAGGACCACAUGACAGGGCACAAGAAGGAGAAGCGUUAUGAGUGCGACGUGUGUGGCAAGGCCUGGCAGAGCCCUAGUGAUCUGGAGACCCACCAGCGUGUGCACACGGGAGAACGCCCCUUCGACUGCACAGAGUGCGGCAAGAGCUUCACCCGCUACGGCAACCUGCUGCGGCAUAACCGCGUGCACUCCAGCGAGAGGCCCAUCAUCUGCUCCGACUGCGGCAAGAGCUUCAAGACGGCGAAUGACCUGAAGAGACACCGGCGGGUGCACACGGGCGAAAAGCCCUAUGACUGCUCCACCUGCGGCAAGAGCUUUGCCUGGUUGUCAGGGCUGCGGGACCACCGGCAGGUGCACAGCAGUAAGCGGCCCUUCACCUGCGCGGUCUGCGGCAAAGACUUCAAGUUGUCCAGGGACCUGAAGGUGCACAGGCGCCUGCACACUGGGGAGCGGCCCUACACCUGCCCCCAGUGCGGCAAGGGAUUCAUCCAGUCCAGCAACCUGCAGAAGCACCAGUACACCCACACCGGCGAGCGCCCCUACACCUGCAGCGACUGCGGCAAGGGCUUCAACCACUCCGGCAACCUGCUGGUGCACCAGCGCACCCAUACCGGCGAGCGCCCCUUCACCUGCGCCCAGUGCGACAAGGGCUUCACCCGUUCCAGCAACCUGCAGAGGCAUCUGCAAACCCACACCGGCGAGCGUCCCUUCACCUGCGCCCAGUGCGGCAAGGGCUUCACCCGCUCCUCCAAGCUGCUGUCCCACCAGCGGGUGCACGACAGCGACCGUCCCGUCCCUAGCCCGGUGUGUGGAGAGCACUUUGCCACGGCCUCCCACGCCCUGUCUCACCAGCGCGUGCAAACCUGUGGCCAGCCCUAGGACUUCCCUUACAGUGGUGAGGAGCUUGACAGCUUGCGGGGGUUGCGGCAACACCGGUGGGCUCACGCUGGCGAGCGGCUGCUCCCACGACGGCAAGCAUUUCAACAGCGCACGGUGGUACAGGUUUCACCCCUCUUGACCACCUGCUGGAGCACUGGCGAGUUCACACCAGCCAGUGCCCCUUCACCUGCCCGCUCUGUGGCAAGGCCUUUCCUCGCUCCUCCAGCCUGUUGGCACACCGCCAUGUGGAUAGGAGCUGUUUAGGUAAACACAAAAUGCUGGAAGGAAUGGGUAACGUUUCGGGUCGAGAUCUUCUGUCACCAAUACCUUCUCUCCAGAGAGGCUGCUUGUCCUGCUGAGUUACUCAAGCACUUUUUCCUUUUUUGCAAACCAGCAUCUGCAGUUCCUUGUUUGUAAACCAUUCUGGUUAACCACCUCUGCACCUUCUACAAAGCCUCCACAUCAGUCCCGUGAUCAGAACUGUAUGCCAUACUCCAAAUGCCACCUGACCAAUGUCCCUUAAAGCUGCACAUAUAAAAUUCCUCUCCCUCCGCUCUCUCUCCACAUUCCCCCCCCCCCCCUCGUACAAAUUCUCUCCACUUCACCCUCUCGUACCCUCCUCCUCUCUCUCAC